AUGGAAGGAAAUUUGAAUGAAUUUCGAGUAGGGAAGCUGCCAACUGUCAUCUACGUGCCUAAUUUUAUCACACAGACAGAAGAAUCUCAUCUUCUACAAAAGAUUUACGAAGCCCCUUUAUCAAAGUGGAAAUCUUUGAAGAACAGAAAACUUCAGAAUUGGGGUGGUGUUGUCCACGAAAAGGGUCUUCUACCUCAAGACUUGCCUCCCUGGUUAACGAAGAUUACACAAAGAAUAUCAGAAGAAUCAGGGUUGUUCCCCUCAGCAAUUAAUCACGUUCUCAUCAAUGAAUACCUUCCUGAUCAAGGAAUUAUGCCCCACCAGGAUGGACCUGCAUAUUUUCCCGUUGUAGCUAUACUUUCUCUUGGAUCGCCUGUUGUCAUGGACUUCACUCCGCAUUCAAGGUUAAGAACAUGUACAGAUGCAUUGACAAAUGAUGUUGAUGAACAAAAUUUUGGCAGAGAAGCUAAAGAGACUGAGACAGAACAGAUGGAUAAUCCCGAACCUUCUUCUGCUCAAUAUGGCUUGUGUUCUCAAAUCGUCCCUUUUCAGGCAAUAAAUGAAGUUGAAGCUCUUCGUGAUAAACUCAAUGAACCCUUCUUUGGCUCUGAGAGUGCUGUUCAAGCUGUGGGAGGGGGAGAUCUGAAGGUCAUCCAUCGGGCAACAAAAAGAAUUUCAUUGACUUGUCGAUUAGUGUUGAAGGUUCACAAGAACAUAUUUAAGGUUUAA